AUGCGGCAUUCUCUAUUCCACGGUCGUGUACACCAUCUCGUCGGUUCGCCUAUUCUGCUUACUAUACCAUCUCGUCCGUUCGCGUAUUCUGGUAAUCUGCUUACUCGGUUUCGUUCUUUGGCUUCUGCUAAUCCCAUGAGUUAUCUUAUGCAUUCAUCUCCUCUUGGGGUUAUGUUUCAUUCGAGUACUUAUGCGCUUUUCACCACUGGCAUGUCUUGUGAUCGCCGUCUCUGUGCUGUUUCUACACAGUUUAGUGUCUUUGCUUCUAUUCCCCUCGUUGUUUGUUUUCUGCGGUCAUAUUUUCUCAUGGUUUUUGUUCCCAAUGCUAUGAUGAUUCUGAUGUUUUGUCCAAGUAUUCCCUGGAAAAGUUACUUCCUACCCAAAAUUCAGUUCUGGCUUUUGGGUCAUCCUGGACUCAUGUCAUUUGAGAUUGAAGUUCUUGCUGGUGGUAUUACUCUACCUUUCUUAAUGACAUACUGGCCCAAUGUUUUCCUUGAUGUGAAUGAGAAGCUGAAGUUUUCUUACUUGUACUUUAUCCAUUGGUUUUGCCAAUUCACCAAACAUGGACUUGAUUUGACUUCUUAUCCUGUUCGUUAUUUGUUAAAAACCCAAAAGCUGCAUGAUCUUGUUGUGGAUGAGCUUUGUAGUAUCCCUGUGGAUGAUAUUAUGCCACUGAGCAGGCUGGUAUCAUAUUUCGACUUUGAUUGCAUCAUCUAUCUUUAUCAUAAUAAAGGCUCUGUAAUCCUGCGAAUCCGGGAGAUCCACAUCCCGUUUUCAGCAUCUGGGGAGCUAUUGAGGACACCUACUGCAGUAUACGAAUGA